AUGCAUGCAAGUGCGCCGGCCACAACCCUCAACCUCUACUUCACUGCCGCCGAGGAUUUCGGGGUUAAAGUCCAGCCACGCGCAGCUCCUACGCAGAGCAAGAAGGCCAACGACAUUACCAUUGCUUACGUUCACCACGCCAGCAACAAGAGAAAAGCGCUGUGCCUUCUGGAGAACAAGCGCGUCGAGUACGAGGGCCAGGGUGCGGUUUGGACGAACGCCAAGCGCCAGCUCACCGAGUAUAUGAUCAUGCAACGAAAGACCACCAAACAGGCGGCCGAGCACAUCGACGGUGUCGUGACCGUGGGCCGCUACUCUCGCUUUUAUGUUCUGCCGGCCGGACGGGACGAUGUUGUCUCCCAUCCCGGCACCAACGAUGCCACAGCUCGUCAUCAAAACGCCAUUCCCUGA